ACAGACGCAAGAGCCGAGUUGCGCUGCGCCACACUUCCUUCCGCACGAGCCAGGCACGUUCCGCUUGCGCGCGGCGCCGGAACGACAAAGGGGUGCCGUGAACGUGAUGGCCGCUUCGCUGGCUGCCUCGCUCUCCUUCCCGCCGCGCGGCCACCCGGCCCCCUUCGUCCGGAGCGCCCCGUUGGCGUCGCCGCGGCGAGGCGCGGGCCGCCGCACCCUCCCCGUCCCGGCGCACGCCGGCGGGGACGGCGGCGGCGAGGGGGGCGCGGAGAGGAUACUGGACCCGCUCGCCACGCCCUUCCAGGUCCUCGGCCUCGACGCCUUGGCCGGCUACUCCGCCGCGCAGCUCAAGGCCGCCUUCCGCGCUCGGGUGAAGGAAUUUCAUCCUGACGUUUGCAAGGACACGGAGAAUGCAGAUUUAAUAAUGAGGCGAGUACUGGAGGCCUAUGAGAUGUUAUCUGGCAACAUGGGAAUGAUGCUUGAAAGGAACAAUAUUGACCCAUUUGAUGAACCUGAGUGUGAAGCUCGCGACAUAUUUGUCAAUGAGCUCCUUUGUAUUGGCACUGGAUGCCCAUAUUCUUGUGUUAAAAGGGCACCUCAUGCAUUUGCAUUUGCAGAUGACAUUGGUACAGCUCGUGCAAUAUCUCAAGGUAAUGGUGACGAUUACCCUGUCCAACUUGCUGUUGGGCAGUGUCCGAGAAAGUGCAUAUACUAUGUGACACCUUGCCAACGUACUAUUUUGGAGGAAGUUCUUGCUAGCAUAUUGAUGACGCCAUGGGACCUCUCUGAAGCAGCAGUUCUGGAUUCGCUCACGUCGAAAGCAAUGUUUGAGAAUAACAGGUACAGGAAGCCCAAAAGAGAAGCAAAAUCAUCUUCUGACUAUGUUGAUUGGAUGUGAUCUGCUCCUGAAGAACAACCAAACACUGGCAGUCCCGACCAGAUUGUUUAGUCGUAUGCUAUGAUGAGCAUAUUGGUGUAGUCUAGUGUGUAGUGUAUAUAUAUUGUUGCAGUAUAGAGGGCAAAGCAAAAAUAAUAACCUGAAAUUGGCAAAGUAUACUGUUUGUUUUGUGUAUAGAAUGGAACUGGCUGUGCGUGGAAAAAGGCCAGAAAUUCAUAGUGGGUUUCAAAGUGUUUUUCUGUAUAGUAGACAAUGGACUUAUACCAGAAAUUUGGAGUUGUAUCUGUACAAAAAUACAAUGUUAAAAGAAAUUCAACAAAAAAAAUCAUGCAUGUUAA